ACCAAAAAGGGGUCUAUCGAAUUGCCGUCCGCUGCACAUGUCGAACACCAUCUCGCUUCCACUGCUUCGGGAUGCAUCCUGCAUCACCACCCUACAGCACCACAGCAUUCGCCCCCAAAAUAGUCGUUAAUCGUCUUUUUCUUUCUAUUUACACUUAAGCGACCCUGCUGACCAACGGUUUGCUAGUCCUAUACAAGCAGGCGAAGCCGAUUGAAGCCUAGUAUCUCGUCCACUUCAACGAGGUUGGCUAUAGCCAGAGGGAGAUCCCGAGGUUCGGUUGCACAAUGCUUCGAUGCUGAUCUUCGCAUAAGGGUUUGUGUCCCCAGAACUCCGAAAACAUGUAGGCCGCUGCGUCCCAAUACUAUCCACCAUGUCAAAUUACUCCUCGAUGCGCGUUAUCUCCAUAUUCGCUUUGCACGUCCUCGUUGUUCUCUGCGAAUACACAAACCUGCCAGAAGUCCCCCAAGGGGUCUUCAAUGCCAGCACACGCGUAGAGAUACACUCCACAACGACUGCCGCCGUCUGGAACGCGCUCACAAACUUCCCUGGCUAUGCCGACUGGAACCCCUUCGUGCGCGCCGCCAUCGUUGUCUCACCUCUCAACCUUACCCUGCCCGAGCAGUAUCCCGUCGAAGGCAAACGUCUGUUCCUACGCACGCAAAUCCCUCCAUUGCCAUUACCGGUCAAUAAGGACACGCCCGACAAUCUGCUGAACACGCAGUUUGCGUACGAAAGGAUCACGCAUGUGCAGCCGGAUUUGGGCCGCUUGGCGUGGGAGUAUGCGACGGAUACCUUGAUCCAGGCAGAAAGAUGGCAGGCUGUUAGCGAUUUGGGCAACGGUGUUGUGCUGUACGAGAGUCGGGAGGUCUUCAAUGGACUGUUGGCUUCAGUGCUGCAAAAGACGCUUGGGGAGAGUCUACAAAAGGGGUUUGACGACCAAGGUCGGGGUUUGAAGUUGUUCCUUGAGCGAGGUGCCUAAAAGCUUAUAGAGAGAAACCCAACAAUCAGGAUAUAUAUUUAAAAGUAGAGUCGAUCAACUUAUGCAAAACUGACACUCCUU